AUGGCGGGUGUCGCGGAGGCGGCGCGGUUGAGCGCUGAGAUCGCUCAGCGGGAGCAGGAGCUGCGUGGGUUACGCGAGCGGCUGGCUGCCGUCCUGGCCGGGGGUGCCUCGGAGGACGCGGCGGCUGCAGAGGAGGCUGCCUCUGACUUCCCCGACCGGCUGCCUGCUCUGCCCGUCCAGGCCUCGCUGAGCCCUGCCGCCAUCCUGCGGUACAGCCGGCAGCUGGUGCUGCCCGAGCUGGGCGUGCGGGGACAGCUGCUGCUGGCCCGCUCCUCCGUGCUGGUGGUGGGCUGCGGCGGCCUGGGCUGCCCCCUGGCUCAGUACUUGGCCGCGGCUGGCGUAGGCCGCCUGGGUCUGGUGGAUCACGACGUGGUGGAGACGAGCAACCUGCACCGGCAGGUUCUGCACGGGGAGGCCCGCCGAGGGCUCCCCAAAGCCAUAUCUGCCGCGGCCGCCCUGCGGCUGCUGAACUCCACCGUCCAGUACGUGCCCUACUGUGGUGCCCUGAGCCCUCGCACCGCCCUGGAGCUGGUGCGGCAGUACGACAUCGUUGCCGACUGCUCGGACAAUGUCCCCACCAGGUACUUGGUGAACGAUGCCUGCGUCCUGGCCGGGAAACCCCUGGUGUCUGGCAGUGCCCUCCGGAUGGAGGGGCAGCUGGUUGUGUACAAUUACCAGGGGGGACCCUGCUACAGGUGUCUCUUCCCCAAGCCCCCUCCACCAGAGACGGUGACUAACUGUGCAGAUGGGGGAGUGCUGGGUGUCGUGCCAGGCAUCAUGGGGUGCAUCCAGGCCUUGGAAGUGCUGAAGAUUGCUUCGGGAAUGGGUUCUUCAUUCAAUCAGUUCAUGCUGAUGUUUGAUGCCCAUGAAGGGAGAUUUCGCAACAUCAAGUUAAGACCAAAGAAACCAGACUGUGCUGUUUGUGGUGACAAUCCAACUGUCACCUGCCUGCAGGAUUAUGAGGCAUUUUGUGGUUCUUCUGCAACGGACAAGUGUAGGACUUUACAUCUGCUGUCCAGUAAAGACAGAGUAUCUGUAGAGGAGUACAAAAAACUGUUGGAUGAGCAAGUUCCUCAUAUAUUGUUAGAUGUUCGUCCACAGGUAGAAGUGGAUAUCUGUCACCUGGCACAUUCUGUCCACAUUCCUUUGAGUAAAUUAGAAGAAAAGGAUGAAGAGUGUCUGGAAUAUUUAGAAAAAAGAAUUUGUGAAGAAAAGCAUAGAACUAAUGGCCAGGCAUCUUUUCCUGUAUAUGUUGUUUGCAAAUUGGGAAAUGACUCUCAGAAGGCUGUAAGAAUUCUGCAGGAGUUACCUGUCAAAAAAUUGGGUUCUGUGUUAGCUAAGGAUAUUAAAGGGGGGCUCAUGGCUUGGGCCAGUAAAAUUGACCCAACGUUUCCUCAGUAUUAGAAAUUUAAAUGGUGAAAAAAAGUACAGAUUUUCAUAGGGUUUCAUUUUCUCUGUGUAAUGUCUAUAUCAUGUGGAUGAAACAGGAGAUAGAAAUGCCAUCGUGUUUUUUUUUAAAUGGUAAUUUUUUUAAAAAAAUAUUUUUGUAUAUAUCUGAUUUAUUAUUUUUUUUAUAAAAAUGUGAAACUGUCCUUGGAAAUGGAAAGAAAUGUGUUUCUUGUUAUUACUCAAUAGUGAAAACUUGGAAUAACUAUUUAAUUGUGCAUGUGAUAAUUGAGAAUGACUCCCAAUUAGUAAUUAUACCCUGGAGAAUGACAAAGAACAGGAGUCAAGCAUUGAAAGUUUUUACUCAUUUUCCUAACUGCCUAACAAAUUGAAACAGUGCAUGCAGUAAUUAAAAAAAAUAUAACUAACUGCUAAUCUCUAGCUGGUCAGUAGCACUACUCAGCCUAUCAUAGGACUUGCCAAGACAAUGCUGACAAGACUGUUUUGCUCAACAACUUUUAAUUCCCUGUAGAAGCAUUGUGUAUUUAUGAAAGAGAACUGCUUGCUGCAAAUAACAACACCUGCAUAAGUGUGUUCUGUUAAGAACUUCCAGGACCAUCCAUCCUCGCUUGUUGUCUGGCAAAAAAGUGUAUUCUCUGACUUGUGUAGAGGUGUAACUGGGGUUAAAUGUUACUAAGACAUACAUUUGAGCCCAGAAAGUUUGUAAAUGCUUAGACUUCGGAGACUUCAGGGGCGAGAGAGGAAUAAAAUAGAUGUGUGCCCCCUCUUCUGCGAGUACAAAGACAUAUUUCAUAAGUUUUCUCAUGUUUGUUGUGAUAGUUGCAUGUCCCUGCAUUAUUUUGUUAACUGACAUGAAGAGCUACGUGUAUCUGAAAAGUUCACACAGAUGAAUUGAAUGAAAAGAAAGAGAAAUAAAUAGCAUCUUAACAGA